AUGGGCCGCCUCGUCAAGCUAGCCACCUGCUCCCUCAACCAAUGGGCCCUCGACUGGGAGGGCAACAUGGAGCGCAUCAAGCAGAGCAUCCGUGUUGCCAAACAAAAUGGCUGCACCUACCGCGCCGGCUCGGAACUCGAGGUGUGCGGCUACGGCCUACUCGACCACUUCCUCGAGCAUGACAGCAUCCGCCACAGCUGGGAGCAGCUGAGUCUCCUGUUGCUCGAUAGAUCGCUCGACGACAUUAUUAUCGAUGUCGGUAUGCCAGUCCGCCAAUCGGGCAACUUGUACAAUGCAAGAGUCAUCAUCCUGUCCGGCCGCAUUCUCCUCAUCCGCCCAAAGAUGAGCCUGGCUGCGGGCGGCAACUAUCGUGAAGGCCGCUACUUCAUCCCUUGGAACCGUCCCCAGCAGGUCGAGCAGUACGAACUUCUUGAGCUCUCGGAAGAGGCCUUGGCGCUGCAGGACAGCCAUUUUGUCCCUUUUGGUGAUGGUAUCAUCAAUGCUCUCGACUGCAAGCUGGGGUAUGAGACGUGCGAGGAGCUUUUCACUCCCAUGAGCCCUCACAUCGCUCUGUCCCUAGCGGGCUGCGAUAUUAUUAUCAACAGUUCCGGCUCCCACCAUGAACUCCGCAAGCUCGACACUCGCAUUGACCUGAUCAGAGAGGCCACGGCCAAGUGCGGUGGUGGCUAUCUUUAUGCUAACCAGCAGGGCUGUGACGGCGACCGACUGUACUAUGAUGGCUGCGCCAUGGUUCUCGUCAAUGGUACCAUUCGCGCACAGGGGUCGCAGUUUUCACUUCAAGACGUCGAGGUUGUAACUGCAACCAUUGACUUGGAAGAAAUUUGGUCGUACCGCACUAGCCCGUCCCGAGGCCUACAAGCAGUAUCAGCCCCACGUUACCAACACUUUCGCGCCAACCUGAGGCUUUCGUCUUCGACCGCAGAUUUUGACCCCGAGCACCGGCCCACCCCAGUCCAGGCACUGCGAUUACACACCCCCGAGGAAGAAAUUGCCUUGGGCCCUGCAUGUUGGAUGUGGGACUAUCUGCGCCGCUCUGGCCAGGCCGGUUUCAUGCUGCCUCUAAGCGGCGGCAUCGAUAGUUGUGCCACGGCAACCUUGGUAUUCUCCAUGUGUCGAUUAGUCUACCAGGCUGUCUUAGACGGCAAUGAACAAGUCAUUGCCGAUGUCCGUCGCAUUGUGGGCCCCUACCACGGACAAGACUGGUUGCCAGAAAGCCCACAACAGAUAUGUAACGGCAUACUGCACACUGUCUACAUGGGAAUGUCGCAACAGUCAAGCACAGAGACAAGAAGCCGUGCCAAGAGGUUAGCCGAAAACAUUGGAAGUCACCACCUUGAGGCGGAUAUAGAUGACAUUUAUGAGACUCAGAAAAAUCUAUUAACUAAAGCUACUGGUUUUACGCCGCGAUUUAGGGCCCAUGGUGGCCAGCCUGCAGAGAACCUAGCCUUGCAGAACAUCCAGGCCCGGACGAGGCUUGUGUCUUCUUACUACUUUGCACAGAUGCUGCCUACUGCUCGAGAGAGACCCAAUGGUGGCAGUCUCCUGGUUCUUGCUUCAGGAAACGUCGACGAGUGUCUUCGUGGCUACCUGACCAAAUAUGAUUGUAGCAGCGCCGACCUCAACCCUAUCGGCUCCAUCUCCAAGACCGAUCUCAAGCGCUUCAUUGCCUAUGCACAAAAGGAAUUUGAAAUUCCUAUUCUUGGCGAGUUCCUCGAUGCGACACCAACCGCUGAACUCGAACCUUUGACCGAAGGGUAUGCGCAGAGCGACGAGGUUGACAUGGGCAUGACCUACAAGGAGCUUGGCGUCUUUGGCAAAUGCCGCAAGGAGAUGAAGCUCGGCCCCUACGGCACCUGGCUUCGUCUUUCCCACGACUGGUCUGAUGAGUACACACCCCGACAAGUUGCUGAAAAGGUCAAGCGCUUCUUUCACUACUAUGCCAUCAACCGUCACAAGAUGACGACCAUGACACCCAGCUACCACGCCGAAGCCUACUCUCCUGAUGACAACCGCUUUGACCUGAGGCCCUUCCUGUAUCCGCCUUUUUACAAGAAUUGGAGCUUCAAGCGUAUUGACGAAGAGGUGGAGCGGUUGGAAAAGAGGGCGCAAGAGAAGAAGACAUGA